AUGGAGAUCUCCUCUCAUCAGUCUCACCUCCUGCAACAACUGAAUGAGCAGCGCAGGCAGGAUGUAUUUUGUGACUGCAGUAUUCUGGUUGAAGGGAAGGUCUUCAAAGCCCAUCGAAAUGUCUUAUUUGCUAGUAGCGGCUACUUUAAAAUGCUCCUUUCUCAGAACUCCAAGGAGACAAGUCAGCCAACCACAGCGACAUUUCAGGCCUUCUCUCCUGACACUUUUACAGUUAUCCUGGACUUUGUCUAUUCCGGCAAGCUCUCUCUCACGGGUCAGAAUGUCAUAGAAGUGAUGUCAGCUGCUAGCUUCCUUCAGAUGACUGAUGUCAUCAGUGUAUGUAAGACCUUUAUUAAAUCUUCGUUAGACAUUAGUGAGAAAGAAAAGGAUCGCUAUUUCAGCCUCUCUGAUAAAGAUGCCAGUUCUAAUGGUGUAGAACGCUCCUCUUUUUAUAGCAGUGGCUGGCAAGAUGAAAGCAGUUCUCCUCGUUCUCACCUAAGCCCAGAUCAAGGAGCAGGUAUAAUAAGCGGGAAAUCUUGGAAUAAGUAUAAUUACCAUCCAGCCUCCCAAAGGAAUACUCAACAGCCUCUGACCAAGCAUGAACAAAGGAAAGAUUCCAUUAAAAAGUCCAAACAUUUGAGGUUGUCACAGCCUUCUGAAAUGACUCAUUAUAAGUCAAGCAAGCGAGAAGCACGGACAUCUGAUUCUUCCAGCCACGUUUCCCAGUCUGAAGAACAGGCACAGAUGAAUGCCGAAAUGGACUCUACUCCUGUUAGCUAUCAGUAUGGUCAAGGAUCUGAUGUCACGUCAAGAAGUUUUCCAGAUGACCUGCCCAGGAUGAGGUUCAAGUGCCCAUACUGCACACAUGUGGUGAAGCGGAAGGCAGACCUCAAGCGCCACCUCCGUUGUCACACUGGAGAAAGACCCUACCCCUGUCAAGCCUGCGGGAAAAGAUUUAGUCGGCUGGACCAUCUAAGUAGCCAUUUUCGAACAAUUCACCAGGCAUGCAAACUUAUCUGCAGAAAAUGCAAGCGCCACGUAACUGAUCUAACAGGCCAAGUGGUACAGGAAGGAACCAGGCGCUACAGACUCUGUAAUGAGUGCCUUGCUGAAGUUGGCAUAGACAGCCUCCCCAUUGAUUUGGAAGCUGAACAGCAUCUUAUGUCCCCAUCAGAUGGAGAUAAGGAUUCCAGAUGGCACAUGGGUGAAGAUGAGAACAGAUCGUACGUGGAGAUAGUCGAGGAUGGGUCUGCCGAUCUGGUCAUACAACAGGUGGAUGAUAGUGAAGAAGAAGAAGAAAAGGAAAUAAAGCCCAACAUCAGGUAG